AUGACUGAUUUUGAUGCGGCUGCUGCUCUUUUGCUGCUCAGCUCUGGCCGUUACAUGCCUCACACGAUCGACAGUGUGAACAAUAAUAAUCAUCACAGCGCAGCAAAGGAAAAUGUUGUUCCUUUGUCUCUCGGGAGUGCCAACACAGCGUUCGGCGCUAUGUUACCAUUAACUAUGGCAGUCCCACCAGCUACCGAUAGAUCGGCUGCGGUCCAGCAAGGAACGCCAGUUGUCAUGGGCGAUCUAACCCUUCAGCAAAAUGUGCUGCGUCCACCGACGAUCGAUAAUUCGGCACUAUCGAUGUUUAGUGACCCGGAAACAGGGCGAGUUCAUCAUCCGAUGAUGCUAUACGAGAACAGUCCCGGUAUGAACGGGUUCGCAAUGCAGCUCAGUACAGGGCGACACCAGCAACACAACUAUUCCAGCUCACCGGAACCGCAUGGGACCCAUAAUGAGGUAAUGACGGCAAGUUCUAGGUAUGGUGUCUCUCGUCGAAAACUCGUUCACCCGCAGCGGAAGUCGGCAGGAAUCAGCAUGAUACAGGCGGAGGAGCUGUCGCCAUCCGACUCGGGCAAUUCUUCCAUUCACGACGAAAUACUGCAAUCGGGGCUCUUGAUACAAGCGUGGACGAGAGGAAACGACAUCAGUGCAGGGCUGCCGCCGAGAGUUAAGCUUGAACUGCAGAAUAUUUUGCAAAUGUCCCUGUUUAACAAAGAGUGCUACACGAAGGAAAAGAUGACCGAAUUUCCGAUGGAAGUUGGUUAUCAUCCGAACAAAUCUCGGCUGCGCAAGGAAUACCAGAAUGAUUUGGAAGCUGCCGAUCGUGCGAAGAACAAUCUAGCGUCACGUCGGUCUCGCCACAAGAAGAAGAUGGUCAAUCAACUGAUGAACAUCAGCUUGGAGUUCGAUCGCAGCGAAAACCGACACUUGUAUUUACAGGAGCGCUGGCUGACGAGUUUGAUCUAUGAUCUAGAGGACAAAGCCAUGCAAAAGGGAGUCGAUGCGUAUAUGUUGCGAAAGCUGCGGGCCGACUGUGGCUUUCAAUGA